GCAUGUGAAAAUUUUGAAUUCAAAAUGGACAAAACAAAGCCAUCAGAUGCAUCUAAUGGCUCAUGUUAAACUUGGCACAAUUCAACAUCUUCUUCCUCGUUCUCUCAUUUUCUCUCUCGAUCUCAAAUUCCACCAUGAACAAACAGUCCAAAAUAAUGCAAAAAAAUGCUGUAGGAUCAUACAUACAUCAAUGGCAAGAGCACAUGGAUGAUUAGCAUACAACAAACAAUCUCAAAAAAGGAGAAAUCGAAGGAUCGAUGUUCAUGCAAAAUAGAGCUCGAUUUGGUCUUGAUUCCAACCAUCACAUGAUAUUAGGCAUAUGUAUGAGUUCAGAACAACAAUAUGAAGCUAUGUAGGUAGUUAUAUCAAUGAAAAUCAAACACAAAUCGUGAAUCUGGAAAAAUCAAGCAUUAACGUGAAGAACACAUUGACCUACUUUUCAAAUUAAAUGGUCAUGAACAUGAAUUAGAGUAAAUGAUUAUGGGGGAAAGACUCAGCGCAUGUGUAGCUACAUAACCGUAUCAAGAAAUUGUCUAAAAAGUGGAGAAAUAUACCUGAUCAUAGAUUGAAAUUUUUCGGCGAGGAUGGUGAUUCCGGCAAUGAUUUUCCAGAUUUUGGCCAACUUCCAACUUUUAGGUAACGCGUUUUUUUUCUUCUUUCUCUGUGUUUCCUCCUUCUACUUCUUCGUCUACUCCUCUUCCACCAAACUUUCUUCUGAAAUAAGAUUCAAACCACGAUGAAUCCCUUGAUGUGUUUUCUCUUUCCUCCAAAAACGAGUUGUAGUGAUGAUCCCUAAUGAACUGCACUCAAUGCAAACUCUGGAAGUUGCUCACGGUCAAGAACAACCACUCAAAGUGCAUAGUGAUUCAAGCUAUUUGGUGAAAGAAACUUUUCAUCAUCGAUGAAGUGCAAGAAAUAGUGAAAAAGGAACAAAGAACGUGAUUGCUCGGAAAUCUUCACAACCCACAACGGCUUCAUCAUUCUUCUUUACCGUUUUCUAUACUCUCUUUUACGCUGCUUUGGAUAUUAAAGUUGAUUCAUUCGUUGUUGUUCUUACUUUUCUUUGCUGGGUUUCUUCUAGUUUCAUCGUUAAUUCCAUCAGUUUCGAACUCGCUUGGAAGGUACUUUAUUCAUUUAUUCGUUUGUUUUCAUUCAUCUACUCAUCAAAAUUAUUUUAACCAUUGUGCUGGACGAUCUUUACUCAUCAAAAUUAUUUUAACCAUUGUGCUGGACGAUCUUUACGAAAGCUACUAGCAGCUGCUCGACGACUCAUCGAAGAAGGUUUUUUCAUCUCCAUAGAAACAUAACGCAACAUCAACAACGGGUUAUUGAUUUGCAAGUUUGAGACAAUCAGGAAUUAUGGAUAAACCAUCUAGCUCUUCACCAAAAAAAAAGAAGACUAGAGGUGUCACAGCAUUGCUACGUUUCAUUGCCAAACUUCCUGAUGGUGAAAAAUAUCAAAUUGAUUUUGAUCCUGAUACCUUCCAACCCAUUGGUCAGUAUGCUGCAAAGUUUAAAAGUUAUUUGUCAUUCAUUGCACGUAGCAAGGUUAGUAUAAAUGAAAAGCAAUGGAAAAAGAUAAGCGAUAAGUUGAAGGACGUGAUAUGGGACGAUAUCACGUGUAAGUUCACUUGCCCCACUGAUAAAGAAUUUAGGAAGCAUUGGUUUGUUUAUAUGGGGGAACGAUUGAAGCAAUUUAAGACAUUGCUCUCAAAUGUCUAUAUAUUUGGGAAAGGAGAUAAGCAUGGAAAUACAACUCCAUUUGAAAAGUAUAAAUUUAUCAAAGAAGAAGAUUGGGAUUUGUUUGUCCAGACUCGACAAAAAGAAGAUUUUCAAGAGAAAAGGCUAAAAGGAAAGACACAUGCAUCAAAGAAUAUCCACCCUCAUAUUUUGUCUCGUGGUGGUUAUGAAAAACUUAGGGCCACCGUAAUGGAAGAGAGGAGGAAAAAAGUGAUUGAAGAGGCCAAAGGUGAUGAAAGUUUGAUGGUUGACCCUCCCGAACUAAAGCGAUAUGAGGCAUGGUUGAUGGCUCGACAGAAGCCAUCGGGAAAUUUUACAUCUGAGGCAACAAACUUAGUAGCAUCUAAGAUUGGAGAGUUAGUGGAAAAAAAUACACAAGGUACUAUUGUCUUUGAAGGGCGUGACGAUAUCUUGACUGUUGCCCUUGGAAUAAAUGAACACCCUGGUCGGAUCCGCACUGCUCCUAGGGGUGUGGGCUUUAAGAAAUUCUAUGGAAAAAGUUCACGCUCCACCUUAGGAGGUGUCUCUCAAGAUGACCUUCUAGCCCACCUUCAAGCCUUGGAGCAAAAAAUGAAUAUAGAUUUCCAACAUAAAUUACAAAAACAUCUCCAACAACAAAGAACAGAGCUCCAACAACAAAUGCAAAAAGAGAUGCAAGAGGAGAGAGCUCAAAUCCAACAAGGAAUGAAACUCCUACAACAGAUGCAAUUGGAGCUCCGCUCCGAGAGGCCUAAAGAGAUGUUUAUAAAAGAGCAUGUAGAAUCUGUGGGUACGAGCACUAACGGAAGUUGCUCAAAGGUUAUGACUACUGAAGAUUUAACUAAAAAAAUGGAUGCUUCUGAAGAUUACCUCAAAAAGAUUAACAAUCUCAAGGAAAAUUCAUUCUCUCUAGAUUUGGAUCAUGAAACAAGUGAACUCUCAGUUUUUAUUGAUAGGGUGGAUCUUAAUGAAUUAACUUCCAGUAUUAAAUGGCUAUCCACAUCUAUCUUGUCUUUAUGGUGCACAUAUCUACAUCGCAUGUGUAUCUCCAAGAAUUUCAACAAACUAUUUGGGUUUCUCGAUCCAAAUAGGAUACUAGUUCACACAAAACCGGCCGAAGUUAUUCAAACAUACAUACAAAAUAAGUUGGAUGGAGAGCCAAAAAAAUGUUAUUUAGGACCAUUGCUAAAUAGCAAUCACUGGCAAUUGUUUGUCAUUUGUCCUGAAGAUAAUAUUAUUUUUUGGUUUUGUUCAUUAAACAGAUCUCCUAAGAAAAAUAUUAAGGUCAUAUUGGAGGGAGCUCUAGAAGGUUAUCAUUUAUUAAGAGGUAUUAAGAAGAAGAAGCCUAAUUGGAAGAAUAUUAUGGGGCAUCAACAAGAUAACGGAUGGGCAUGUGGAUAUUAUGUCAUGAAAAAUAUGUUUGACAUUAUUGAUGCUUGUAUUGUUGAAAGAUUCAAUGAGAUAUUCACAGACACCUCAUCAUAUGAAAAAGAGUCAAUUGAUCACAUCCGACAACUUUGGGCUCAAUUCUUUUUGCAAAAGGUUGAAGAGCAAGAGAACCAGGAAAAGAAAGAUUUAAUGACAAAACAGAAGCGAUUAAAAAAAACUUAUAUAUAGAUAUAUUUUUGUUCCAUGAAUGAUUUAUUGGUACAAGUUACAUGAACAAAGUGGUUGAAUUUUUUUCUUACAUGAAUACAAUUU